AUGUCGCAAAGAAGCCAUGAAGCCAGUGAAAGCGAGGCGCUUUUGAAUCCUCGUAUUGCCAUUGCUUCCUCUUCCUCCUUCUCCUCCUACUCCACGCUCGAUAGCACAGAUUCUCCUAGAACGCCACAAACAGAAAGAGGGCUUUCAGACGCAGACAAAGAAAAACUAGAUGUUCUCAGUCGACUCAACGAUCUGGAAAGAUCGAAUUCUUCGGCUGAAGAGCUGGGAGACACUGGCAUCUCACUCUAUGAGAAGAAGUGUGAAUUGGUCAAUAAUGAGAUUGAUCUCAUGGGUAUGGGGCGUUACCAGUGGUCAAUAUGGGCCUUGUGUGGCUUCGGGUACAUGAUUGAUCUCAUGUGGGCACAAGCCUUUGGUCUAGUUUUGUCUCCAAUACAGCAGGAGUUUGGGUUUGGAGCUGACGAGACUGGCAAACUCUCCACCGCCUUCUCGGUUGGGCUUACAUCCGGUGCCUUCGUCUGGGGUGUUCUAGUAGAUGUGAUUGGGCGGAAGUCUUCUUUCAACCUGACCGUCUUCGUUGCUUGUAUUUUUGGUACUUGCAUCGGCGCCCCUAGCACCUACAAUGCCAUAUUGGUCCUGACGGCUCUUACUGGGUUCGGCAUCGGAGGCAACAUUCCUAUCGACACGACCAUUACACUGGAAGCCACUCCACAGAACAAGCGUUACCUUCUUCCUCUUCUCUCCAUGUUCCAGCCGAUUGGCGUCGUUAUAUGUUCAGUCUUGGCCUAUGGGUACAUUCCAAACUGGUCCUGCAGUCCAAACUUCUCAGAAGGAGACUGUGCACUCCCUGCUUGUACGGCUGUUGAGCUGGGCGAAGCGUGUUGCUUGAAAAAGGAUAACAUGGGAUGGCGAUAUCUUCUAUUCACACUAGGCGGAGUUACGAUCUUAGUGUUCGUUCUACGGUCAGUCCUCUUCGACUUCCAAGAGUCGCCCAAGUUCCUCAUCUACCGCGGCAAAGACGCCGAGGCCGUCAGUGUGCUACACAAGAUAGCUGAGUACAACCACACUAAAUGCACUCUAACCCUGGGAGACCUUGAGGUCCUGGAGCAUGCGUUUGAAUCCAACCGAGGCACUGCACCUAUACUUGGAGGUGGCGUUAAGCAACUCAAAUCUACGUGGACUGAGAAGCUUAAGUUGGAAGGCGAUCGCUUCAAGAUCCUCUUCUCAAGCUUCCAGAUGACAAGGUUGACCUUGCUCGUUUGGCUGACAUAUAUCUGUGAUUACUGGGGGUUUACUGUUGCCGGAACCUACCUCCCGCAAAUUCUGGCCGUGAAGAAUGGCGCUCUGGACUUGUCCCUUCGCUAUACGUACCGAUCGUACAUAUUCAUCUACCUUCCUGGAGUAUUCGGAGUAGUACUGGGGACGCUGUCUUACCGUGCAUCGCGAGUAGGCCGCAAGUGGACAAUGGUAGUCUCCUCAGCCCUCAUGGGCAUCUCCAUCUUUCUCUUCAGUAGCGUCAACUCGGCGGCGUCCAACAUAGGCUUCAACAUCAUGGAAUACUUCUUCCAGUCCAUGUUCAACUCUGUGCUGUACGGAUGGACACCGGAAGCUUUCCCAGCGCCCAUCCGGGGCACUGCAUGUGGAAUUGCAAGCUUCUGGGGCAGGCUUUUCGGUAUCGUUAGUCCGCUGAUUGCACAGCACUUGUAUGCUGGUGGAGGAGCAGGGAGGGAUAUUAACAGUGUACUGUAUCUGGCUGGGGGUGUGACAUUGGGCUGUGUCAUUACCACCGCAUUGCUGCCCAGUAAUCUUGUAGGGAGGCAAAGCUUGUAG